AAGCGUGGCAUGUUAAUAAAUAGUCCUUGAAACUCUCUUUCUGGUUCUUCUUCUUUUAGCUUCUUUCUGAAAUCCCCAGUGAUUUUGUCUGCUGGUGGCUUGGAUUGGAUUGCCCAGCUAGAUGCUUCUGGUUUAUGGGAUUCUGAACUGGUUUCUUGGGUUGUUUGGUUUCACAGAAAAUAAAGGAUUUUUACCAUCCAUUUUCUCAGAUUAUAGCGAUAUUAAUGAUAAGCCUGGGCUAUUGUUCAUCACUUUCCUGGGAAUUCUAGCCUUUGCCUUGUUGCUGCAGUACUUUGCAGAAACUAAACAACCUAAUGACAGUACUUCAGAUUAUGGCAAUGAGGAAUAUCAGAGCUUGAUUUAUCUCUUAGAAGAGGACGAGGAAGAGCAACACAGUGAUCAAUUAGGUCUUGGUUUUAUUGCCGUCAACGAGCAGGCGGCCGGCGACUCCACGGAGACCAAUGGUGGCGGUGACGGUGGUCAGAGAGAGCGUGCUUGUUGUGCCUUCUGUGGCGAUUUGAGCACCACAAGGUGUUCGAGGUGCAAGACGGCAAGAUAUUGCUCACAGGGAUGCCAAAUUCUGCACUGGAGAUUAGUUCAUAAGAAUGAAUGUAGAGACACAAAUACUGUGGUCCCAGAAACACAUUCUCAUCCUCAUGAAGCCUCGAGAAUUGUUAAGUCUAAAAUGGAAAGGUAUAAUGAAUGGAAUUCGGAAGUGGGGAACGCGGACAACACUCAUAACCCAACAUGGAGAUCCACUGAAGCGUCCGGAAACGGUUACUCUCUUAGCAAUUGCUUCAGUUGUGCCGUGUGUGGCGGCCCAGCCACUACGAGAUGCUCGCGAUGUAAAGCCGUCAAAUACUGCUCGGCGAAAUGCUUAAUUGAAGAUUGGAGAUGGCAUAAAGUUGAGUGCACUCCGAGGAAUGUGGAUUCCGCUCACACAGAAAGAUCUCCGAGAAACUUUGGGCUGCUCAAGAAUUCUCAUCAAGAGAAGGACCACGAUCAUUCGCCUCAUCCCCUUGCUUUGGGAUUUUAUUCAGAAGGGACCACCAACAUCAAGCCUCUGAUUAGAAGCUCUCAGGAACCUACCAAGAGAGCACAGGAUCAUACUGCGGAUGGGGAGAUAUGCCAUGAGGAUGAAAUAGCAAAGUUCAGGAAUGAGAUUGUAUUUCUUAGAGAAGAGCGUGACAAAUGGGCAUCACGAGCAAAUUUUGCUAAACAAAGGUAUCAGAGCUUCAAGAAAGAAGCUGAACACCAGUUGCUUGUCUUGAGUAACGAAAAGGAACUGAUAUCAAAUGCUGAGGCGCAAGCUCAAAUUGCAGUUCGUCGUUUAUCCGAGAGGUUGCAAGACAUGCAGCUGCGAGAAAGCUUUGCAGAGAAAAAAAAGCAAGAAGAAUAUAUACACAAACUGGAGAGUAAAUGUGUUGCGUUGAAGAGGGAACUGGAAAAGGGGUGGGAACAUAUCCAAGAGCUUAGUGCAGAGCAUGAUGGGAAUCAUAAGACUGCUCAAAUUGCCAUGAGAGAAGUUGAAGAAAAAGAAAAAGAGCUCCAAUUGGAACGGGAACGUGUUCAACUGCUAAAGGAGGAUUUUCGUAGAGAUGUUGCAGCUGCCGAAUCUAGGGCAAUGAUAGCUGAGGCAAAGCUCCUUGAUCUUGAUAGGAAAAUUAGAUCGAGAAAUGAUAAGGUUGCUGUCUGGACUGACGGUUUGGGCAGACCUGCCAUGGCAUGCGCCAUCUGCCUGACCAAUGAAAAGGAUUUGGCCUUUGGCUGUGGGCACAUGACCUGCAGAGAUUGUGGAUCAAAAUUAACAAAGUGUCCCAUAUGCCGAGAACAGAUCACAAACUUUGUCAGGCUGUAUCCUGGCUGAUCAUUGUAGGGUCGCAUGUACAUAUUCCGUCUGUGCCAUAUCUUGUAUCUAUGUUUGAUGUUAGAAAACAAAGCUCCUUGUUGGUGCUUCAUGCGCAUUCCUUUCAACCUUCCCCAUUGUUUCUCCUCCCUCCCCAACCCAAUGAGUUAACAGAUUCAACACAUAUCUACUUGCGCAACAGAAUGCUGAUUAGGACAGCAAAGCAGCAGAAGCUACUCCAAAGCAGGGAAGAAAAUGAAACUAGGCAGUACACGUGUAGGGAUGUGAGCAUAUCAAACCCUUUCUUCAAUAAAACUUAUCUCAAACCUGUAGCAUGUUCACUUGUAUAUUUAUCACCGAUUUGGUGUAUUUGUUUUUUAUAUGCCAAGUCCACAUAAGAAUCUCUAGUACAUAGUUCUUAGGUGGUAACAGUUUGUAGUGUUUAUGUGUUGUCUUAGUCGUUUCGAAGAGUUUUGCAAUUUUUGUUCCCUUUGGCCAUAGGAAUAAAUAUGUAUUUAAAUUCAAACAGUUUUGACUUCUUCCCUUGUAAACUACCCAAUUAUGGAUAAAUAUGUGAACAUACCAGACAUUUUGUUUGCAUCUUCUAA